GCUAAUGUCAUUCCACUGUGACCGCCGAGAGGAACACCAUAGCGCACCGUGCGCCGCUGAAAUGACUGAGAUGUGGUGACAGACCAGGCUCCUUCAGCGCUCCUCUCCAAUGCAGCCAGUAUCUGGAGUUUAAGCUUAUCGCUUUGCACAGCUCUGGGUUCAGCUUUGCGGCACAGUGGUGCACCCUCUCUGGACUUUUCAUCUUAUGCCAAUGAGACGCAGCGUGAAUCGUUUUUCUCACUUCAGGAAUAUUGGUUCUGGAUACUCGGUUCACUGCGGCUGAACGCUUUGGGGCUUGGAGACGGGUGGAAGUGUGGAGUCCCCCGGGCCUCCAGAUGUAUGGACUCAGCUGUCGCCUGUCACUUUGGUGACAACUGCUCGGCACUUCGUGACCGCCGCUUGUUCGCCACUGCAAGGCUCCAUAGCUGUCAAGAGUGCUGUCGCGUGAGGGAGAAUGUGGUCAAGAACCCCGGCCACAUAGGCUACAGUAUGAGAAGUCACUCUCACUUUCUUAAAAAGAAAGUCUGAUGAGUCUGGCGAGUGCGGCAGUGUCGGCAGCUGGCUUCCAGGGCGGGGCGCGCAAGCGAGACUUGAUGAUGGAGCAUAAAGUCAGUAAGCUGACCUCUGGCUUCCAACGCAGCUCCACCUCCGACGAUGACUCAGGCUGUGCGCUGGAGGAGUACGCCUGGGUACCACCUGGCCUUAGGCCUGAACAGGUCCAGUUAUAUUUCUCCUGUCUGCCUGAGGAUAAGAUCCCCUAUGUGAACAGUCCUGGAGAGAAGUUUAGAAUCAAGCAGCUCCUCUACCAACUUCCACCGCAUGAUAAUGAGGUGCGUUACUGCCAGUCCCUCAGUGAGGAGGAGAAGAAGGAGCUACUUAUGUUCAGUGUCCAGAGGAAGAAGGAAGCGCUGGGGAGGGGCACAGUGAAACUGCUGCCCCGCAAUGUUCUGAACAGCAUUUGUGAGCAUUGUGGUGAAAACAUCAAUGGUGGAGAAAUGGCAGUGUUCUCCUCGAGGGCAGGCCCUGGGCUGUGCUGGCACCCUGCAUGUUUUGCCUGCUCCACAUGCAGCGAAAUGCUGGUGGAUUUGAUCUACUUCUACCAUGAUGGAAAGAUCCACUGUGGAAGGCACCAUGCUGAGCUACUCAAACCACGCUGCUCAGCCUGCGACGAGAUUAUCUUUGCUGAUGAGUGCACAGAAGCAGAGGGGCGCCAUUGGCACAUGAAGCAUUUCGCCUGCUUUGAAUGUGGAACAAUCCUGGGGGGGCAGCGCUAUAUCAUGAAGGACAGCAGACCCUACUGUUGUGGCUGCUUUGAGUCUCUCUAUGCAGAGUACUGUGAGGCCUGUGGAGAACACAUCGGUGUUGAUCAUGCUCAGAUGACCUAUGAUGGGAUCCACUGGCAUGCCACUGAAAGCUGCUUCAGCUGUGCCCAGUGUAAGAGCUCUCUGCUGGGCUGCCCAUUCUUGCCACACCAGGGCCGCAUUUACUGCUCAAAGGCCUGCAGCCUCGGGGAAGACGUGCAUGCCUCUGACUCCUCCGACUCUGCCUUCCAGUCAGCACGCUCACGUGAAUCCCGCCGCAGUGUGCGUAUGGGCAAGAGCAGUCGCUCAGCCGAUCAAUGCCGACAGUCGCUCCUCUUCUCACCCUCAGUCAACUAUAAGUUCCCUGGCUUCAGUGGAAACGCUGACGACACCCUGACCAACAAGCUUGCCCACAUGAACUUAUCUGAUGAGCAUUUCUGGAGGGGACAUGGUGAGGAGACUGAGGCACCUGAGGACCAAGAGGAGGAGUGGGCUGAGCAUGAAGACUACAUGACUCAGCUGCUAUUAAAGUUUGGGGAACAUGGGGUCUUUCAGCAAGCCAACGACUCCAGACCCACAGAUUUCUGGAUCACUGAAAAGGAUGCCAAGUCGAAGCAGGAGUCACCAAAAGCUGGCAGUGGUGGUGGAGGAAGGGGUAGCCUGGCCAGUAAGAAGUACCAGGCUGACAUGUACUGGGCCCAGUCACAAGAUGGGCUAGGGGACUCAGCCUAUGGUAGCCACCCAGGUCCGGCGAGCAGCAGAAAGAUCCAGGAGUUGGAGCUAGAUCAUGGGGCUGGAGGAGGCUUCCAGGGAGAGGAGCCACAAUGGUAUAAUGACUCUUUGGAGUGCAUCACGGACGAGUUCAAGAAGACAGAUCAGAGUGUCCGAGACUCUAUGGACUCACUGGCACUCUCCAAUAUUACCGGGGCCUCAGUAGAUGGUGAUAGUAAAGAUAGACCUUUGGUGUAUUCCCUGCAAGGCUUCCAUGAACUGGAGACAGAAGACUGUGAGAAAACCAGUAAUAUGGGAACCCUCAACUCCUCUAUGCUACACAGAAGUGCAAAUUCCCUGAAGAGCCUUGUAUCUGAGCAGGAGGAAAAUGUUCCAGAAGAGGAGGAGACACCUCUCCCAGAGGACAGACCCAAGCCUUAUAUCCCUGCCCUCAGGAGAACACGUUCACAAUCUAGGCCGCAGCAAGUCAAGUUCUCUGAUGACGUGGUGGACAAUGGCAAUUGCGAUCUCCCAGUGCGCCAACCACCUAUGAGUGAACGGACUCGUCGGAGAGUGUACCACUUUGAGGAGCAGGGCCAGGAACUUUCCUCUGGUCGCCACCAUCAUCACAACAGGAGGCGUCGCAGUCGCAAGUCUCGCUCUGACAAUGCUCUUAACCUUCUGCCCAAGGAGAGAGCCCAAAUGUGCUACAAAGUGGACCAUAGAGGGAACGCCCUCGGCCCCAAGGGGCACCAAGCCUUCAACGGCCACCCCAGUCCUGCUGCCAUGUCAGACUAUGGGGUACAGGGCCAAGCCAUGGGGAGGUUCUUGGAGCUGUAUGGGGAUGAUGAUGACUGGUGCUCUACAUGCUCUUCUUCCUCCUCUGAUUCUGAGGAAGAAGGCUUUUUCCUGGGUCAGCCCAUCCCUCAACCCAGGCCCCAUAGACACUACUACACUGAUGACUUGCCCAGCCCUGUGGCAGGCAUGUCCUCUCCUCCUUAUGGCCUACGGACUAAGUCCAAAAAGAAGAAAGGGCACAAGGGGAAAAACUGUAUAAUUUCAUAGACUUUUAUUACUCUCUUAUCCUUAGCUUUGGGUAAUGCUCUGCCACUCACCUCUGCCACAUGUCCACUGUUUAAAAUGCAGUAACAUCCUGCUUGCAGUUAAAUUCUUCACAGCACUCAAUUUACCCAGGUGUUUGUGUAAGACACAAGUCCUUAUUCGUCUUCAUAGGUGUGUGCAUAGCAUUGAAAACAAUGCCAGUAAAGUAACUAGUAUUUCAGAGUAAUACAUAUUUAUAAACCACCAUCUAAAGUGUGUUUAUUUAACAGUGAAGAUAUUACUGUAUAUAUUGUAGAAUUAAAAAAACAAACACUAAAUGGCUAUUUUUAUACCCUUGAGUUCAUGACAUGCUUUGUACCAAAAUGACAGUAACAUUUAACUAUCGGCAGUUGGUACAGAGCCAUUUUUCCAUAAGGGGGUCUGAAAUUGACAAGUUGACUCUGACCCAAGGUCCUCAAAGGUUUUUCUUCCAGGCUUGUUCAGCUCUAACAUAAGAGAAACACUGUGUGUAUUAAAAGGCCUGGUUGAGUGGUGUAUUUAUGGGUCACUGUAUUGUAAGCAAAUCAUUGUAAUCUGUAUAAAUGUACAAACUGGAAUAUAAGGCUAAGAUAGAUGAUAAUUGUAAUAAAAAUAACUAUAUAUCAUGA